AUGUCUGUCCACCCAGCCGCGGUCACCGCCGCACUCGAAGGUCUUCCCACCGCCGCCGCGCUCACUGUCUUGCGCGGGGGUCAGGACGACACGCAGCCAAACACCCCCGCCAGCGAUGACAGUUUCGAUGUUGUCAUGGACCAUGCCGACCAUCUCACCCACCUCGCCACCGCCGGGGGCACCAGCGUUUUCGUGCGCAACCCUCCUCGCGACGUUGGCAGCAUCACGGGUUUCGUGUGCGCCAACUGCAACGUCUACAAUCUCGUGCGUGACGCCAAGGAAACCUGGUACUGCAUCACCACAGGGCAGAGGGCACCCUCCCGCGAAGCUGCUCUGGCUGAGUGGGCCAAAGCGUGCAAGGCGGGAAACGUCAAAUGGCCCGGCGUCGACAACACCAACCCUGACACCUUCCACCCCGCGGGUGUUGCCGCCCAUGAGGCACACCUUCUCGGGGAUGCUUCCUUCCCUCCCGCUGAGAUCGAUCCUUGA